UUAAGUGUCUUUGGUUUGUUUUUGUUUACUAUCGCGUGCACAACAAUAAAGUUUAUCAACAAAUAAAAAAAGUUCAUUCUAGUGUAAAUGUUUAUUGAAUAGCGGCGAAUUAGUUUGCUGUUAACAACAAAGCGAAAGACUCAGAACAACAAUAAGAACGCCGAUCAAACAUAUUUCGCAAAGCGACGGGUUAAGCGGUUAGCGGCAAACGCAGUCGUAGACAUCAACAGGGAGUACGGCCAAGUGACAUCAUUAAAAGAAAAAAGUGACGGAAAUUGUUGGCCGUGUGUCGUGGCCAAAAAUAAAUGCAAAAAAGACGAGAAAAGCAAAACAAAAAAAAACCAAUUCAAAAAAAUAAGAAAAAGAAUUGUACUCCACAACAAGAAGAAUAACAACAGCAACGGCAGCAGCAAGGCGAAGAAGCGUCGAAGAGAGAGAAAGAGAGAAAGGCAGUGAGAUCUGAUCGAAAAGAUGUUGUUGUAAAUAGUGAAAACACGCACCAACUAGAACAAUAAACCGAGCAAAAAAUAACAUAAAAACCAAGCGAAAAAGAAUAUUGCAACAAGAAGAAGAGCAAACAAAAUAAUAAAAGCAAAGUAAAUCAGACAAUGGCCACAAUCACCGAGGAGGAGGUCAACGGCAAUGGGAAAGUCGAUUCAUCGAUGGAGCCGGACAGUACGCUGCAGCAGCUAAAGGCCAAGAAGAACAAGUCGAAUCUGUUUCUCAUCAAAUCCUACAGCUUCAUUGAGAAGAAUAAUAACAAUAGCAAUAGAAACAUCAACAAUAACAAUAAUCACAAGAUUAAUAAUAAUCAUGCGCAAUAUAAACGUUUGCAAUCGCCCGAUAUGGAACCCUUUCCGGAUAUCGCCUCCUUGAUGCUGGUUGCCGACGAUCAGCCCGCCAAGAAGACGCGCCAGAAGAAGUCGCAGAAGAAACAGAAAUCGAAGGCAUUAAAGAAUACUGAGAAGAAGCUGGAAGUGGAUCAACAGGAUCAGCAGUUCAUUAGCGAACAGGAGGCUCAGCUGCUGCGGCGCAAUCCGCACGAGUAUGAGGAAUUGUUCAAGCAUUCACCGGCGACGCAUGGUUGCCACCUGCCACGCCCACAGUCGCUACCCGGCAAGGUGCACUUUGAGGCGUCGGCGUUGUGCAUUAUCGAGUCGCAGUCAUCGAAGCAUCGCAGUGGCAACAUCAAGCGCGAAUCAUUUUUGCGCCAAAGCCUACAAUCCAUACGCCGCAGCUUUGGGUCGAACAAACAUGCGUCAAAGCUUUCGAUAGCCACGCCCACGAGCACACCAUUGCCCUCGCCAGUGUCGUCGAAUGCCUCGUCCACGUCGUCGUGCUCCUCGGCAACAGCCAUCAGCAUGCUGAGCAAGGCGCAGGCGCACAAUCACAUCCUAGAUGAGUUCCUGCCCACGCCCGUUGUCCUGCUGCUCAAUAAUGAUGCACAGAUACAAUAUCUCAGCCAGACUGUGAGCAGAUCGACAAACAGCGUCGUUAGUGGCAGCAACUGCACCGUCGAUGAGCGUGCAACUAGCUCCAUGGCAGCGCUGCAGCUGCCAGGACAAGCAGCAGCUGGCGACAAUCCUACAGCAACAGCAGCGGCAACUCUAAACGAACAACAGCAGCGGGAACAACAACUGCUGCAGCUUAGACGCCAGCAUUUGGCUGCACAGUUAUCCCUGCCAGAGACGCUUGGCCAGGAGCACAGUUCCUUGCCUCAGAGCUUCAGCAGUUACAACGGUCCGCUGCAGUCGAGCGGCAGCGCUCAUAGUCUCGGCAGCAGCUCCACUCCCAGUCCACGCAACCGUCAAAGCCCGACUCAGGGUCAGGGCAAGGCAAGCGGCAACACGGCCAAACAACAUGAACUGCAGCAGGCGUCAGCGGUGGCAGCGAUCUCCUCAACAUCUGCCGCCGCUGGCGCCGGCAGCGGCGUUGCGUCCUCAUCGACAGCUGCGGGCAGCGCCACAGUAACCGCAACGCCAACCGAAAAGGAGAAGAAGCGCAAGGAAGUCUCCAGUUCGCGUGUAAAAAAGUUCCAUCGCCAUUUCUCGCAAGUCUCCAAAGAUGAGAAGCUCAUCAAUUACUUUUCAUGCGCGCUCGUUGGCGACAUUCCGCUGCAGGGUCAUCUCUACAUAACGGAUGAGCAUUUCGCCUUCUACUCCAAUGUCUUUGGCUAUGUAACCAAGGUUGUUAUUCCCACGUCUUCGGUAACGAAAAUCUCCAAAGAGAAAACCGUUAAGAUAAUACCAAACGCUGUGGGCGUGGCCACAGCCGAUGAACGUCAUGUGUUUGGCAGCUUCAUCAGCCGCGAGUCCGCAUUUCGUCUAAUGUGCAACGUGUGCAGCCAUCUCGCCACAGGGCCGGAGAUCCUGCCCAAGCCCCUGCCGGUGGAUGUGGAGCUACAGGAAGAGUAUCUGCUCGACGACGACAGCAGCUGCUCGGUCAGCGGCAACGAGAGCCCGCCACAUCUCCGAGAUCCAGCUGCAGCCGCUGCAGCAGCCAUCGAAUCCGAGCCACAAAUGUUGCUCAGGCAGCGAGGAGGCAGUGACCGACAUCCCGAUCUUCAGGCAAAGAGCUCGUUGGCCGUUUCACAUAGCCCGGUGACCAUUCGCAGCUCCGCUCCGCCCAUUGUACACUACGAGGAGCCGAUAGCUGGCGCUCAGGUGCUGCUCAUUCAGAACGGCGCUGGUAGCCGUUCGAUAAAUGGUUCCGCUUCUACUUCCGCAACUGCCUCGGCUGCAUCCAGCUCUGGCCCUCCUUCCAGCUCUUCGUCGCCCAUUACAGUUGUGGGCGUGACAGCCCCAACCCCAACUGUAGCAGCGUCGCCAUCGUUGGGUCGACGUCUUAGUGGAUUGGCCCAUUCGGCCCGCGCGCAUUUGGGCUUGCGGCUGCCGUCACUCACUGAACUGCAUGUCAUCUAUUUGGGCAUAAUGCUGGCCCUCAUGCUAGCCCUCUUCUCCGUGUUCUUGCUCUACCGCAUCCUGGACAUCGAGGCGAAGACGAGUCUCUAUCGAACGCCAGUUGACUUCAAUUUGCGGCCGGGCAACGAUGAAGACAUCUUCGCUGAGGCGCUGCGCUGGCAAAAGGAGCUGCAGGACAAAAGCACGGCAGAAGCUCAAAAUAUUUUGACACGGAAUCUGGAGCAAAUAUCCAAGGUGCGUCGCAGCUUGGAAACGCUCUCGAUGCUGAUCCAUGACAGGAGAGCCGGCUAUGGCGAGUCCCAGGCGGGGGCGGGACCGGAGUCGGUAUCGGAGAUAGGAGCAAUGCCGGAGCCAGAUCUAGUUUAGUGCCAGCCAGGUUCAUGGCGAUGUCAGUGACUGAUUUCCAAUUUUGAUUUCGAUUUCUAUUCCGAUAACGAUGUCAAUAUCGAUAUCGACUUCGAUUUUUAUAUACAUCCCCGCAACACCCACACACACACACAAACACUCUCUCUCUCUUUAAGCUUAAGUUUUAGUCGGCUCAGAGAAAGUAAAACAAAGCCCAAAGCAAACAAUUUUUUAUAGUCAUAGUUUAUAAAACUAAAUAUAUAUCU